AUGGGCAUGGCAAUGGGGAUCAUGAGCUUGCCGUGGUCACUAGUGCUCGCUCUGACGAUCGCAGUGGUGAGCGCCGGCGACGAGGUCGCGCUGCUUGCUUUCAGAGAGCAGAUCAGCGACGGCGGCGCGCUGGCCUCCUGGAACAGCAGCGCCGGCUUCUGCAGCUGGGAGGGUGUAACGUGCGGCCGCUGGAUGCCGAAGCGGGCGGUGGCGCUGCGCUUGGAUGGCAGGGCGCUCGUCGGAGCGCUCUCCCCAGCCCUCGGGAACCUCACGUUUCUGCGGACGCUCAACCUGAGCUUCAACUGGUUCCAUGGGGAGAUUCCAGCAAGCCUUGGCCGGCUCCAUCGACUGCGGAGACUCGACUUGAGCGACAACUCCUUCUCCAGCACGUUCCCUGUGAACCUGAGCUCCUGCGUCAGCAUGACCGAGAUGAGACUGCGCAACAACAAGCUUGGCGGGCGCAUCCCAACCGAGCUCGGGGACAAGCUCGCGUCACUGGAAGUAGUCUCGCUGAGAAACAACAGCUUCACAGGGCCCAUCCCGGCAUCGCUGGCCAAUCUGUCCUAUCUGCAAAACCUUGAUCUCGGCCUUAACCAACUCAUGGGCUCAAUCCCGCCAGGGCUCGGCACCCUCCACAACAUGCGGCAGUUCACUGUCGUCAGAAACAACCUCUCUGGUAUGCUUCCAGAUUCUCUCUACAACUUGUCAUCUCUGGAAGUACUUAAUGUAGGGGUAAAUAUGCUGUACGGAAGCAUUCCGGAUGAUAUCGGAAGCAAGUUCCCCAUGAUGAAAACUCUUGCCUUGGGUGGAAAUCACUUCACAGGAACCAUCCCCUCCUCAGUAUCAAACAUUUCUUCCCUCGUAGCACUUGGCCUUGUGCAGAAUGGGUUUAGUGGGUAUGUGCCUCCCACAUUGGGGAAGAUGGGAGCACUCCAAUAUCUGAACUUGGCUGACAAUAAGCUUGAAGCGAACGACAACAAGGGGUGGGAAUUCAUCACUUCUUUGGCAAACUGCAGCCAACUGCUGAAAUUGAUACUCAGCAACAAUUCCUUUGGAGGACAACUACCAGGUUCAAUUGUAAACCUCUCGACAAGUCUCCAACAGUUAUACUUAGACGACACUAGGAUCUUUGGGAGUAUACCCGCAGAUAUUGGCAAUCUGGUUGGUCUCAACGUGGUGCUAAUAGCAAAUACUUCCAUAUCAGGAGUGAUUCCGGAUAGCAUUGGUAAGCUAGAGAACUUGAUUGAGCUGGGCUUGUACAAUAAUACGUUGUCUGGCCUCAUACCGGCAUCUCUGGGAAAUCUUUCACAAUUGAAUAGGUUUUAUGCAUACAACAACAAAUUGGAGGGACCAAUUCCGACAAGCAUGGGGCAGUUGAAAAACCUCUUUGUACUUGACUUGUCAAAGAAUCACAAACUUAACGGUUCGAUUCCCAGAGAUAUUUUUAGAUUAUCCAGCCUAUCUUGGUACUUGGACUUGUCAUACAAUUCAUUUUCUGGGGCCAUUCCUAAUGAUGUUGGUAGCUUGGCAAACCUUAACAUACUAAUUCUAGCAGGAAACCAGUUAUCUGGCAAGAUACCCGACAGUAUUCAGAACUGCGUAGUGUUGCAAUGGCUAUCAUUAGACAAUAAUUCCUUUGAGGGAAGCAUACCUCAGUCACUGAAGAAUAUAAAGGGGCUCAGUAUACUGAACCUGACCAUGAAUAAGUUAUCUGGUGAUAUUCCUGAUGCCCUUGCUAGCAUUGGAAACCUGCAGGAACUGUACCUAGCACACAAUAACUUGUCAGGGUCAAUACCAGUAGCUCUACAGAACUUGACAUUAUUAUUUAAAUUGGAUGUAUCCUUCAAUAAUUUGCAAGGCGAGGUGCCAAAUGAAGGUGUUUUCAGAAACAUCACUUACUUAGCAGUUGAUGGGAAUGCCAAUUUGUGUGGAGGUACACCUCAACUUCAUUUGGCUCCAUGCUCCAUAAGCCCCUUAAGCAAGAACAAAAAGAAGAUGCAAAAGUCUCUUGUAAUUUCUCUAGCAACAGCCGGAGCAAUCUUGUUGUCACUUUCACUUAUUCUUCUUGUUUGGAUACUUUGCAAGAGGCUCAAACAAAGCCACAAGACAUUAUCACAAAAUUUAAUUGUUGAUGACCAUUACCAGAGAAUUCCCUAUCAAGUAUUAUUGAGAGGAACUAAUGAAUUUUCAGAAGUCAACUUACUUGGGAGAGGAAGUUAUGGAGCGGUUUAUAAGUGUGUCUUGGACAAUGAGGAAAGAACAUGGGCUGUCAAGGUGUUUAAUCUUGGUCAAUCUAGGUAUUCCAAGAGUUUUGAGACUGAAUGUGAAGCCAUGAGAAGGAUACGGCACCGUUGUCUCGUUAAGAUCAUUACCUCUUGUUCAAGCAUCAACCAGCAAGGUCAAGAGUUCAAGGCAUUGAUUUUUGAGUUCAUGCCCAACGGUAACUUGGCUGGUUGGCUUCAUCCAAAAUCUCAAGAGCCCACUACAAGCAACACACUCAGCCUUGCCCAGAGACUUGAUAUUGGUGUCGAUAUUGUGGACGCAGUAGAAUAUCUGCACAACUACUGUCAACCAUCGGUAAUCCAUUGCGACCUUAAGCCAAGCAACAUUCUUCUUUCUGACAACAUGAGCGCCCGAGUUGGAGACUUUGGCAUAUCAAGGAUCCUUCAAGAAAAUACAAGCGGGGGAAUGCAAAAUUCAUAUAGCUCAAUUGGAAUAAGAGGCUCCAUAGGCUAUGUUGCUCCAGAGUAUGGAGAAGGCUCUGUGGUAUCCACUCAUGGUGAUAUUUAUAGUCUUGGCAUAUUACUGCUUGAGAUGUUUACUGGAAGAAGCCCAAUAGAUGAAACAUUUGGGGAUUCACUGGAUCUGCAUAAAUUUGUCGAGGAUGCUCUUCCUGACAGAACCUUGGAGAUAGCUGACCCAACAAUCUGGCUGCAUGGAGAACCAAAGGAUGAUAUUACCAGUAGUAGAAUCCAGGAGUGCUUGCUUUCUGUCUUCAGGCUUGGCAUAUCCUGCUCAAAGGCACAGCCUCGAGAGCGGACGUUGAUAAGAAAUGCAGCAGCAGAGAUGCAUGCAAUCAGAGAUGCAUAUCUCCUAUUUGCUGGUAAGCGUAUUGGGGAACAUGGAGCAAAAGGGGAGCCUCGGCUCAAGACAUUCGAGCUAGAAUGAUAUGAUCCUGCAAUAAUAGAAGUUGCAUAUGUUGCUUCAGUUAGCAUUUAUUAUCGGAGCUAUUUUAUUUGCAACUGUAUCAGACAAAUGUAAAAUGUCAAAUCCGCGUGUUCUACAAUAACAUUAUGGCAAUAGUAAUUUUCAGCAUAUUA